AUGUCCAUAGUCAGUGAGACUCACUAUUAUCAGGCCCUUCUGGUGGCUGCCAUUGCUCUUCUAUGGGGGGUGAUGGCCUGGAACGGGACCAUUGUGGCUCUCGUUACUGCUGCGUGGUCUGGAGUACUUGACGAUGGACGAGUCCUGCGAACCAAUUAUACGGGUAUAUUCUUGAUCGAUUUUCCCAUUUCGGUGCUGGUAGCUUUCUUCUUUGCCGGCACCAAUGGAUCGAACCCUGACUAUCAACUAUUUGUGUUGGACGCAUAUUCCAUCCUGCAACCUGCAUUUGUAUGGCUUUAUGCAGAGGAAUUACGGCUGGAUUCGCAGCAAAUUUGCACCAAUCCGAUCGUUUGGGGUCUCGUAUGGCAAGCCUUUGGGGGCGCCGUCGCUUUUCCAGCAUACUUCCUCGUUUGGCUCAAGACUCGCGAUGAUAUCAAUAUCGUGCGGAAGGGGGUUCAGAAGAGCAGCAUGGCGAUGGCCUCUGCGAGAGCCAUCCCAUUUAGCUUUCUCCUUGGCGCCGUGCUGCCCGCCGUGAUUGGCAUGAUGCCGUUGUGGUCUGCGAGGUCCGACAAUAUGCACCAGAUAGUGUUGGCAUUAUGGUCGGCAGACCCUGUGUGGGUGUCACUUAUUCAACAGCUACUGGUAAAAGCUCAAAUGAUGUGGAUACCCAAGGCAGCCCCAGAACAGACUGAUAUCACAUCGUGGUGGCUGCGAGUCGCCUUUUUUCUUAGCGCCACUGUCGCCGGCAUCACGCACAUCUACGCUCUUGGGUCGCUGAUCCAGUCAAAAAGUGAUAUUAUGGCACUGGCGCGCAUCUAUUUGCCCUGGCCGGAUCAAUAUCCUCAUGGCGCGGUUCUUCCACUGAAAUACGGGCCCUGGCUGUUUCUGAAGUAUGACUGGGUUCUCAUGUCGCUAGGAUCGGUUGGUUGGGUCUUUUUCCAAUUGCAGAAAGCUCAAUCGUCGGCGGAAAGCGAUUGGCACUGGGCAUUUGUGGUUAUCCUGCUUUUGGCUGGGUGUAUAUUGCUCGGAGCUGGAUCGACAGUGUCGAUGGCGUUAUUCUGGAGGGAAGGUCUGUUGCAAAGGAAGAGAUGGAGGGAAAAAAGUAACUAA